AAAAAAACGAUCCAGAUAAGAUGAAUGAAUGAAUGAAUAGUGCCACAAUUGCAAUUUCAUGGAACCGUUCACCAUCAACACAACACGUUUGGUUUUCUGAGAAAUCUUUGUGCUUGUGGCGUCAAACUCUCUCAAGUGUGGCCAUGAAAAGAAGAAGGGGCAAAAGGGUAGCAGACAAAGUUGAUGAUGAGCCAGAAAGUCAACAACUUGGGGCUUCUUUUGCUGAUCUUCCAACCCACAUUACUACUGACAUUCUACUAAGACUUCCUGUUAAGUCUAUUCUCAUUUGUAAAUCUGUUUGCACAAGUUGGAAAGCUCUAAUCUCAGACCCGCAUUUUGCAAAAUCGCACUUUGAACAUGGCCCAACGGGUUUCACGAUUCGGACAAGGCAUUGGGAUGGAGAUUCAAGAAUCCUACACCUUAUAGAGUCUGAGCCUGAAAUUUUUGAAAAUGAUGAUUAUGGCCAAUUCUGUUACUGUAAGCAGGACUUUAUCAAACCCGAAUGCAACUGUCACCUGAAGCUUGAGCGCAAACUCAAGCUUCCUCUUCAUGGUGCCAAACUAGUUUUGGACAAAAGAGAUGUGAACGGGAAAAGGGGAAGACAAAGGAAUCAUAUUUCUUGCAAGCCAGAAAUUGAUAGGUUUGAUGUGGUGAAUUCUUGUAAUGGCUUGCUUUGCUUGUCUGAUAGGGACAGUGACUAUAUCGUUGUCUGUAACCCCGUUACAGGUGAGUUCAUUAGACUUCCAGAAGCUACUACUAGAAUUGUUAAAACUCGUGAUAUGUGGCUCCAUGAAAUAUACAUGGGCUUUGGUUUCCAACCCAAAACUAAUGAAUAUAAGGUGGUAAGAAUAUUGAAGAGAUUCUGGGGGUGGCAGGAGAAGCGUAAUGUGGUUGUUGAAAUUCACACACUAGGAGCAUCAAGAUGGAGGAAUGUUGGAGUUGAUCUUGAUCCUAGGUAUUUGACUUUUCCUAGGUUUCCUACUUGUGUGAGUGGGGCACUUCAUUGGUUCAUGAAAUUGUCAAUAUUGUGUUUCAACUUUGAAAGCGAGAGGUUCCAGUCCUUCCCUUCUCCUCCUAUUCUAUUUAAAGAGCAUAGUAUGGGCAAUAUCACCAUGGGAGAAUUAAAAGGCUCUCUUUACAUAUGUGAUUCAUCUUCGUCAUCUCAUGGGCAUACUCGUAUCAAAAUGUGGAUUAUGAAGAAAUAUGGUUUUGGAGAAUCAUGGACAAAGGUUCUCAACAUUGAUACUAUAAGGACAGAUCGUUGGCCUUAUGGUCAGUAUUUUCCAGUAAAAUACUUUAAGAAUGAUGCUGCUAUAUUGAUGUUUCAUUCUUGUUAUACUCUUCGGCAUCGCUUCAUCUACUAUGAACCUGAAAAGAAUAAAUUCAAAAAAUUUAAGGUUCUUGGGAUUGGGACUCAAUCAACAUUUGAGGUUAUUCCUCAUAUUCACAAUCUCAUCUCAUUGAAGGAUGCUGUGAAUAGUGACAAUAUCAAGGUGAUGAAUGUCCACGCAAGGUCUGCAGAGUUAAAAUUGCGCGAAGAAAGUGAAGUCAUUUUCUUGGCUAAAGUGAAGGAGAGAUUGGUAAAUUUGCAUAUAUCAUCUGACGAUGAAGAGUAGAGUGAAUAGCACAUCUCCUUAUCUUCUUCAAAGAACUUCCAUCAUCAUCUUCAUAUGUUUCUCCAAAAAACCCAGAAACAAACCCAGAAAAUCAUCAACCUCGUCCUCAACUCCACCCAAAUCUCAGGAACCCCCUUCCCCGUCCUCUCAUCCAACCCCAACCCAACAUCCGCAAACUCACAACAUAGUAGCAAUGGAAGUGACACCAACAUCAAUUUUAGAUCUCAAAUUAACCAUCAACCGAAAAUCCAAUCUUGUUCUUCUUCUUAAUUAUUGAAAAUCCCAUUAAAGUUUCUGGUUAAAGAGUUCGAGGGUGGAGGAGAACCCACCGUCGAGUCCAUGUUCUCCUCUCCUCCGCAAAACCCUAAUUCGGACCUAGAUCAAUGAGCAGCGAGCACCACCAACACCCGUUCAAGCCAGAAUCAGUCAGAUCGAUGAUCACCGACACCAGAUCAAGCCUGAACCAUUGUCUCUCUCGAUCUCCCACAUCAGAUCUAUGACCAGUCCAAGUCGCUGCAUGAGGAAGAAUCGAUGAGCUUGACUUGGAAUUGUCAAUUGGGUUAGGUUUUUGUGAAUAAGAACAGAUCUAUGAUAGUUUUCUGCAUUUUAGAGCGAGAGUAAGAAAUGGGCUUUGAUUUUCAGAGAGAAAUCGAGGUGAGGUUUCGAGAUGAUGAACUGGAAGUUGAAGGAAAAUGAGAUCCCUUAUUGGAGAUGGCUGUUGUCGAUUUGCAGGAGUGGAAAAGGGGUGAACCGUGUCUCGUUUAGGUGUUAGUCUGCAUAAGAAUCUCUCACCAGUUUUACUCUUAUUCCAACUCAUAGUCAUGUACAGUGUAUCUGUGUAUGUGUAUUACAUUUACUCAAUGUUUAAAACAUUUUGUCCCAUUAAUUAGAUUUGAUUAAAAAUACUCUCUGCUUGCGAAUCCA